GGAGGAGAUGUCUCAUUCAAGGAUGAAUGUUUCACCUACAUCGGAGGAUUCGAGAAGAGGGAUAUGUUGAUGGAUCCAGACUUGAUGAUGUGGUCGAUCUUCGACGAUUUCCCGAAAGAGAAUGGAGUAUCUGGUGUCGUGGAAGCAGUUUUGUACAAACUUGCUCAUGAAGACUUUGAUUCUGUAAGAGCUAUCUCUGAGGACAAAGAUAUUGGGAUUAGGCAACUGUGUAGUGAAGCUCUGAUUGGUGGUGAAGUAGAUAUCUACAUUCAGCAAGCUGUGUCUGAACCUGCACCGUUUCCUCUGUCACAGCCUGGUGAAGAGGAUGUUGUUGGAGAGCAUGAAGAGUCUAAUGUAGAGGUUGAAGGAGAUAAAACUGGUGAAGAAGACAGAGCACAAGCUAAUGGUGUAGAUCCAGUAGAAGAAUGUAUGGGAGAUGAUCCUCGAUUAUUCAGAGAUAAAGCAAGAAGGAGGCCAACACUGAGUUGGACUGACAUUAAGGAUGAGAUUAUGAUGAGGCCAGUUAUUGGACUAGAUGGGGCUUUCCUUAUAUGGAAAUUGAAGGGUGAGAUUCUAGCAGCAGUUGGCAUUGUGCUAGACACAUUGUGCUACUUCUGGGCUAUUGCUUACAGUGCUACAAAAGGGGACUACUCAUUCAACAUGGAUGCUUUGAGAUCAUAUGAUCAAGAAGGCCAUGAGGAUUUGUUGAAAACUGAUCCAAGAACAUGGUGCAGAGCCUUCUUCAGUUGUCAGUCUAGCUGUGAGAAUGUUUGCAACAAUCUGUCAGAGAGUUUCAACAGAACCAUUAAGGAUGCAAGGAAGCUGCCAGUGAUAAAUAUGCUUGAGGAGAUCAAGAGAUCCUGCAUGAAGCGGAUAUCUAAGCUCUGUGACAAGACAAAGAAAUGUAAAACAAGAUAUGAGGUGUUAGAGGGUAGUGGCAGUUACUCGGUGAAUCUCUUGACUAGGGAGUGUGCUUGUUGUAGACAGUGGAAUCUCACAGGCAUUCCUUGUCCACAUGCUAUAUUUGUUAUUAGAGAGAAGAACCGCGAUCCAGAAGACUAUGUUGAUAGACAUCUAGCUACACAUGUCUGGAAAGCUACCUACAAAGACAACAUAGAACCUGAUGAUGAUGAUCCAUGGAGCAUCCACAAUGCACCAAAGAGGUGGAGGAAUGCUCAAAGCCAGUCCACACCACUUGUUGCUCAAAGCCAAUCCAUACCAGCUUGUUCUCAGAAUCAAUUCACACAAAAUUCGCAGCAUUCAAGUGCUCCAACAGCUAAUCCAAGUGGUAGAGGUCGUGCUCAUGGACGUCCUUCUGGUGUUAAAAAUGGUCAAGGCAAGAGUAAAGACAAGGGUAAAGGCAAGGGCCGUGGUAAAGGAUCCGAUGAAGCUCCAAGACCUCCUGUCUUUUUUAUGUCCCCUUGGACUGAUAAGGAUGAUAUCUAUGUAGGAUGAUGUGUUUGGUUGGUAGGAUCCUGAUUUGUUUUUGGUGGGAUCUAUACCUUUUCAAACUAAACGGCUCUUUUGGAUCAAUGAUAUUUUAGGAUUAUGACAUUUCAAACAAAGAGUCUUACAACAA